AUGCCGACUGUUCCAAGCCAAAGAUCCUCAGUCCGUCCAGGGUAUCCGCCAUUAACCCAAGACGGGAUUAAGAUAAUAAUCAUCUCCUGCGUGUUUACCACUCUUUCGGCCCUGUUCGUUGCGCUUCGGCUAUGGGCUCGAAAGCUAACAAGACAAAGGCUGGAGUUCCACGACUGGUCCAUUGUUGCCGCGUUGUUCUUCAACUGCAGCUUUGCGUCUGUAAUUUCGUACUGCGCCGUAACCUGCGGGAUUGGAUACCAUACGGAAUAUCUAAACAAGGACUGGCCCGGCGUCGUUCCUCACCUGAACAAAACCUUAGUCGUUGCGGAAGCCCUAGCGAUCCCCUCUAACAGCCUGGUCAAGAUCAGCAUCCUCCAUCUCUACGUUAGAAUAUUUCCCGAUCGGCAUUUCCAGAUACUCUGUUAUGUCGUUAUGGGCCUCGUAACUGCUGGCGCGUUAGGGCUGUUUAUUAGGCUACUUUUACAAUGUACGCCCCUCGAGGCAGUUUGGAAUGCAGCUAUACUCGCCACAGACCCGACUGCCCACUGCGUCAACCGAAAGGGAAAGUCUCUAUCUGACCCAAUAAUUAAUACGUCAUUCGACAUCACACUCUUCCUCCUCCCGUUGCCACAGAUGUGGAGACUACAGUUGGAAUUGAAGAAGAAGCUGAUGGUUAUUGGCAUAUUUGCCGUGGGGUUUCUCAUAUGCGUAAUAACAUGUGUUCGAGUUUGGGCAGUCCUAAAACUGUCAGGAGAAGAGCUGCCUUAUACUAUCAUGGAAGACCUCGUCUGGGUAAUCUUGGAACCUGGCCUUGGUAUUAUCAACGCUUGUCUUCCCCUUCUCAGGGCACUUGGUCCCAAAUUCUCAAGCGUGCUUAGAUGCGGUGUCUUUUCCGAUAAGACUCGAUCAAGCAAGCAGAACUCUGGAAGCGACUUUAACAGGCCUCGGUCAAAAGGAGGCGACCACAUAUGUGUGCCGUCCCACGAAGUGUCCAUCUCAACCACCGAGCCCCGGACACGCCAAGAGAUUACUGUAAACGACGAAAAUGAAGGCGAUAUUCCAUUAAGAGCGUAUCACGAAGGUCAAACUGGUAGUUGCAGCCAAGAGCGAGAAUCAAACAGAAUUACAGUCACGGUUGAGUGGAAUGUACAACGGGAGACGAGUGGAGGCACAGCGACAGUUGUGUAA